AUUCUCCCGCCUUAUGAAGCACUUACCAUACUUUUUCCACAUUCUUUUUCCAUGUAACAUUCAUUUCCCAAUCAUUCUACAUCUCACUCUCUUGUGUAAAAAUGCUUCCUGUAUCGACUCUUUAAUACUCGGUUUAUUUUAUUUAUAUUUUGUUUCAUGUUCCUUAUAUUGUAUCAGUGGAAGAAAGUGUAUUUAUUAGAAUGAUUGAAAAGGAUGAUGUAAUUCAAUGUGAGUUUUUUGCCUGCGUUUUUGACAUGUGAUUUUUGUGUUUGGAUGAGGAGGCUUUGGACUGAUGAUGUCGACAUACAUGGAAAAUUGCUGACUUGGGGUUUGCGUUUUGUGAUUGAUAGGUAUUCUUGCUGAAGAAGAUGUAUGUUUACUAUAUUUAUUAUCUUCAUUCUAUGCGAUUGCUGUUGGGCUUUUCUGAUGUGUUCUCGUUGCACUCCGCACGUUGGAAUGCCGUGGGGCAAAUGAGUACCACGCUGUGAGAGGGGUAUAAGUACAAGAAUCCAAUGGUUGACGGCAUAACUCAUACAGUUAUACAAAAUACUUGGAGCACAAAGAUCUGCUUCAUAUGCGGAAUUGCGACGAUGUUAUUUAGAACGAUCGAAAAUAUGUCAUCCAGAUAAAAUCCCUUUUCAUCCACUUUCUACUCGGUGAUUUUUACCCCUCCUCCAUAAUCCAUCUUUUCCUAAUUACAACCUCCUAUUGUUCCAACAUUCACUAACUAACUACCGCCAGUGCAUUUCAACGUCUAGCCUUCGCAUUCGAAAUCCUUAAAUCUCCUUCCUCUCGUCAAGCUUACGAUUCCACAUCUCCUUUAUCGUCUUCAACCACCGCCUCUUCGCUACCCACUAAAUAUCCUUCUCCAUCGCUAGCCUCCGACAAUCUAUUCCGAACCACAGUCUCAUCACUUAUUCAUGAUUUUCUCACCGGUGAUUUCAUUACCAUUCGCUCUCUCCUCUCUUCCCUCAAUUCUCAAUACCCCCACCUCAUCAAUACCGAUGUAACUUCUUCUAUUGAGCUGGCUUUUAUAAAAGUAAGAAAAUUGGUGAUGAGAGGAAGGGUUUGGGCUUUAUUGGUAUAUAUCGAGAUGGGAAGGAUAUGGAGGGUUCAGAAAAGACUAAGAAGUUUAGGAAGAUGGGAUUUAGUGGGGAAAGCUAGAAUGAUGGUUUUAUUAGUAAGAGUUGUAGUGGCCGUACCGGUCAGAGUUGACAGAGCUCUGAAGGAACGAGUUGAAAAGGAAAGAAGGGAAAAAAAAGUAGAAUUAGAGGCGAAGGGAUUGAGCGAUGAGCUAGACGAGGAAGAAGAGUGGGUAAAAGGUGGUAUUUUAAAUGAGAGGAUUUGUAAAGUAUUAGAGUUUAUUGUCGGAGAGGCUGGUAAGGAUGAAGAGGGAGAGAGGGACAGCGUUAGGAUUUGAUAUUAAAUCAUUUGGGAUCGGGAUUCGGGUGGGAUUGCUAUGAUAUCUAGGUAUGUAUUGGAUGAUUGGGAAGCAGGAAAAAAGGGGCAUCUCACCUUUAGCGACAUAUCAUAUCUUGUUUUAUGAGGAAGGGAAAAGGCGUUUGUUUGGGUAUACCAAAGAUGAAAAUGCUUUAUAGAUAUCUUUCUAGAUAGAUAUAUGAUAUUUUCUAAAAGAAUAGAUUAUCUAAA